CACACUAGACUGGACUUAUUUGGUGUGAAGUGGUACACUGUAAGUGCAGUGCACUAAAAAAAAAUGUCUCAACAAUUUGAUAUUGACAACGAAUCCCGGAAGAUUAUUGAAGAAAAAGCGAAAAGAAGAGCUACUUUGCGAGAACAGUUCCUUAAGUUAAAGACAGACCCAUUUCAACAUGCCUCAGGCGAAGGUGGGACAGUGUUUGAUCCUGCCAUGCAGAGGUACACAGCGAUGAAAGUUAGCGGAUUUGAAUAUUUCAAGCCUUCUGGUAAAAAUGUUCUUUAUGGUCUAUUAUUUAUGGUUAUCCCCAUGGUUGGAUUUGGAUAUUUAGUUAAGAAAACAAGGAUGGAUGAAGAAGAUAGAAUAAGAAGAGGUGAAGUAGCGUACAAAGAUCGUAAUUUUAAAUUUAUCUAAACAAGAUUUACGUUGUAGUUAAUUUUAGUUAGAAAAUAUACACACAAAUUUGAUUGUUAA